AAAUCCACCUACUUCCCAGUCAUCCGGCAAUGGGCCACUGCUUACACAUCUCAACACCUCACCCUCGGUCAACGAACAACCUCCCCCGUGGAGUCCUCGAACCGCAUGCUCAAGAGCUUCGUUGUCACUGGGAAGAGCACGGUCAAGGAUGUUUUUGACCGUACUUUUGAUAUGGUAGCCGUCAUGGAGAAGAAUGUGAAUGAAGCCAGGCGCUUUGAAAAGGACCACUUGCGGAGGGAUUUCAUGGGUAUGAAGCUUCUGGGCGAAACCCCUACAAGAAUUGCCUGGAAACCACUUGACAGUGUAGUACAACACUGUCGCCAGCUUCAGAAGUACAAGGUGUUUGCCCGCAAUCCCGAACCCGACGAGAUUCCUGCUUGUACAGGUAGAUUCACUGCCAAUAAGGGACUUCCCUGUCUUCACUUGAUUCACCAAGUACAGAAGAACAACCAGGUCCUUGAGCUCAAGGAUUUCCAUCCUUUUUGGUGGUUGGAAAGGUCGUUAGUUGACGAGGACCGGUAUUUGCAGUACCAGGAUUUUGACCGUGUGACGGUGCUCAGGUGCAGACCCAGGGGCUCUGAUGCCUUUGCCCCUGAUGCCACCGCACCCAGGUCAACAGUGCCACUGGGCCUUCAGGUCCAACCAACACCUACCCCUUCACCCCCAUGCAUACAAAGAACCAACCCUCAACUUCCCAGUACGACAGAUCUGCGGCAAAGUUUAAGGCGAACAGCGUCCCAGUGGGAAGCUGCAGAUCUGGAAGGCGAUGAUGCAGCAGAUGCUGCAAAUACAACUGUAUCUCGGCCAGCCACAGUGAACGGUUUGGGCACUGUUGAACAAGCCGUUGCCAGGGCGAACCAGAAAUCCAGGGGCUCCAGGGGCAACAGAGGUGGUGCCAGAGGUGGUGCCAGGCAACGGGUACCCAGGGCCACACAGCGGGAACCAGCAGCUGCAAGCAGUACGCCGGCCAGUACACCUGCGCCCAGUUCAACUAAGCCCAGUUCAACGGCACUUACUAGAACACGUACAGGUCGGGUGGCGAAGCCCAGUGCCAAGGCCCGGCAAGCGAUGGAAGGUGACGUGUAA